AUGCGCGUCUCAUUCCUGUCCUUCGCUCUCUUCACAGCCGCCGUGCUCGGCCAAGAUGCGGCACACCAAUGGCAACCAGCCGGCGCCAACGACCUCCGCUCCCCCUGCCCGCUGCUCAACUCCCUCGCAAACCACGGCUACCUCCCCCGCACAGGGCGCAACAUCUCCGUCGACGCGCUCAUCGAGGGCAUGCACGCCGGCCUCAACCUGCGCGAGGACGCCAAGCUCUUCUUCCGGCUGCAGGGCAACAAGGCGCUGACGGCCUCCUCCACCGGCGACGCGCAGACCUUCCACCUCAGCGACCUCAUCACGCACGACCUCAUCGAGCACGAUGCGUCCCUCAGCCGCGCGGAUAUCCACUUCGGCGACAACUGGUCCUUCAACCAGACCAUCUUCGACGAGACCAAGUCGUACUGGCCCGCGGACCUGAUCAGCAUCAGCGACGCGGCGAAGGCGCUUGUGGCGCGGCAGAAGACGGCCAAGGCCGUGAACCCCGAGUUUAACCUGCCGCUGGACGGGUACACGAAUAGUCUGGGCCAGACGGCGAUGUACCUGGGCCUGUUUGGGGACUAUGAGGAUGGAAAUGCCCGGACAGAUUGGGUGGUGUACUUUUUUGAGAAUGAGAGGCUGCCGUUUGAGCUUGGAUGGGCUAGACGGUCUGACGAUGACAAGAUCCCGGCUACGGGCAUUCUGGCGCUGACGACCAAGGUCGCGGUGCAUUAUCUGGCUGCCAAGAUCGGCUUGUAA